AGUUGGUCACUUGUCGCGUUCUGUUUUCGAGCCUUCAAGAGAAACAUGGCAGCCUGCAUGAGGAUGGCUGGUGUCGUUAGGCAGCUCCACAGAAACCCGUGUCUGCGUGGAAAUCCGUUCAGACACAGAGAGGUUCUGUAUGUGACCGAGGCCACUGGCCGGCCCCGGGUCCAGCCACCACUGCGCCUCAACAGCUACUGUUCAGGCGGCAGCACUCCGAUGACAGCGGGCUGCAGGCUGAGCCGACCCCACCGCUGGGUGCGGGUCACCGCCUUGCCCCUUGCCCAAAACGCUCUCUCCACGUCCAGCUGUGGACUAAACGCCCAAGCUCGGCUGUUUGGUAACCGAGCCAGUGGAGCAGGCUUCUCUGGGGAGGACGGCGGUGACAACGCGUCUUCUGGGGGAGAUGAGCCAGGUGGCGGCGGAGAUGGAGAAGCUCCUUACAGCGAAGCCCAGAUGACGGCUCUCACCCCCAUGAUGGUUCCGGAGGUGUUUCCGAACGUGCCGCUGAUCGCUGUGAGCAGGAACCCCGUGUUUCCACGUUUCAUAAAGAUCAUCGAGGUAAAGAACAAGGCCCUGAUGGAUCUGUUGAGGACGAAGGUGCGUCUCGCUCAGCCUUAUGCUGGAGUUUUCAUGAAGAAGGAUGAUAAUAAUGAGUCAGAUGUAGUGGAGUCCCUGGAUUCCGUCUAUUCCACAGGGACCUUUGUUCAGAUCCAUGAGAUGCAAGAUUUAGGAGACAAGCUAAGGAUGAUUGUCAUGGGCCACCGCAGGAUCCGUAUAACAAAACAACUGGAAGUGGAAGCUGAGGAGGUAUCAGCAUCCCCUGAAUGGUUAGAGUCUGAGCCAGAGUCCCAGGUUAAGCUGACGCCAAGACGCAAAUCUAAACGCAGUCGGAAAGACCACUUGGCCCCCUUGGCAGAGCGGCUUGAAAACAAGGUUUCAGAAACUGACCUUAGUCCAGAGCUACAGUCUUUGCCCUUCUCUAACAUUCUGAUGGUUGAAGUGGAUAAUGUUCACCAUGAACCGUUCACGGUCACUGAAGAGGUCAAGGCGCUGACUGCUGAAAUAGUGAAGACCAUCAGGGACAUCAUUGCCCUCAACCCUCUCUACAGAGAGUCUGUACUUCAGAUGAUGCAGGCCGGUCAACGAGUGGUUGACAACCCCAUCUACCUGAGUGAUAUGGGGGCAGCACUGACAGGAGCCGAGUCCCAUGAACUACAGGAUGUCUUGGAGGAGACCAAUAUCCCAAAGCGCCUCUACAAGGCUCUGUCUCUUCUGAAGAAGGAGUAUGAACUGAGUAAACUGCAACAGCGCCUAGGCCGUGAGGUGGAGGAGAAGAUUAAACAGACCCACAGAAAGUACCUGCUGCAGGAGCAGCUCAAGAUUAUCAAGAAGGAGCUGGGUCUGGAAAAAGAUGACAAAGAAGCUAUUGAGGAGAAGUUUAAGGAGAGACUUAAAGACCGGAAUGUCCCUCAGCACAUCAUGGAUGUGAUCAGUGAAGAGCUCAACAAACUGGGGCUGCUGGACAACCACUCAUCUGAGUUCAAUGUCACUCGAAACUACCUGGACUGGCUAACCAGCAUGCCAUGGGGCACCAACAGUGAAGAAAACCUAUCAUUAGACAGAGCCAGAGACGUUCUUGACGAAGACCAUUAUGGAAUGGAUGACGUUAAAAAACGCAUAUUGGAGUUCAUUGCAGUGAGCCAGCUCCGAGGUUCCACCCAGGGGAAGAUCCUCUGUUUCUAUGGCCCUCCUGGUGUAGGAAAGACCUCAAUUGCCCGAUCUAUUGCAAGAGCGCUUAACAGACAGUACUUCAGGUUCAGCGUGGGAGGGAUGACUGACGUGGCUGAGAUCAAAGGACACAGGAGAACGUAUGUUGGCGCGAUGCCUGGGAAAAUGAUCCAGUGUUUGAAGAAAACCAAGACGGAGAACCCUUUGGUGUUAAUAGAUGAGGUGGAUAAAAUAGGCCGUGGUUACCAGGGGGAUCCAUCCUCUGCUCUACUGGAGCUUCUGGAUCCUGAACAGAAUUCCAAUUUCCUUGACCAUUACCUGGAUGUUCCGGUGGAUUUGUCGAAAGUCCUGUUCAUCUGCACAGCUAAUGUGACCGACACCAUCCCAGAACCACUCAGAGACAGAAUGGAGAUGAUCAAUGUGUCUGGAUAUGUGGCUCAGGAGAAACUAGCUAUCUCUGAGCGUUACCUGGUCCCCCAGCUGCGCACUCUCUGUGGACUAAGUGAGGAGAAUGCCUCCAUCUCAUCAGAUGCCCUUGGUCUGCUCAUCAGGCAGUACUGUAGAGAGUCUGGAGUGAGAAACCUGCAGAAACAGAUAGAGAAGGUGUUUCGAAAAGUGGCAUUUCAUAUUGUGAGUGGAGCACAGGACUCUGUGGCAGUCACACCCGAAAAUCUGGCCGAUUAUGUGGGUAAACCCAUUUUCACAGUGGAUCGCAUGUAUGACAUCACCCCACCAGGAGUGGUCAUGGGCCUGGCAUGGACGGCUCUGGGAGGUUCCACGCUAUUCAUUGAGACUUCACUCCGCCGACCACUUGAGGGGGCAGAACCUAAAGGAGAGGGUUCGUUAGAGGUUACAGGUCAACUGGGCGAUGUUAUGAAGGAAAGCGCAAAGAUUGCUUCAACAUUUGCCAGAGCCUUCCUCAUGACCAAGGAACCAGGGAAUAACUUCCUGGUCAACUCCCAUCUGCACCUGCAUGUUCCUGAGGGAGCAACUCCCAAGGAUGGACCCAGCGCUGGUUGCGCUAUCGUCACUGCACUGUUGUCCCUGGCAACCAACCGACCAGUGCGUCAGAAUGCGGCCAUGACUGGGGAGGUGUCACUAACUGGCAAAAUCCUGCCUGUAGGAGGAAUCAAAGAGAAAACUAUCGCGGCCCGUCGUGCUGGUGUGACCUGCAUCAUUCUUCCAGCUGAGAACAGAAAGGACUUCUCUGACCUGCCAGACUACAUCAGAGAGGGACUGGAGGUCCACUUUGUGGACCACUAUAGCCAGAUCUACCCUAUUGUCUUCCCACAGGAUUAGGAUGGAACAGAUUUCAAAGCAUUAAACUGCUCAUCAUUCCGGUUGUGAUAUUUUACCUGUAGUCCUGCUGUGGAGACUGAUACCAUCUGUUCUAGGAUCACCAAAAAUAUCCAGAUGGAUUUGCAGAUCACAGGCAUUCAUCAUGACUCAGACGAAGACACAAGAAGUAGCAGUCAAUUUUCGGACAGGAUCAUUGGACUCGAACCAGCAAGGCCAAAGACGAGCUUGGACAGUACACUGGUAACAUCCUCCAAAAGUCAUUGUGUCGCUGAGCACAAGUCUGAGGAAGGACUUUGCUGCCAUGUAGCUUCAUCAGCCACACAUCGAAAGAUUGUGUAAUGUAGUACCACAUCUGAAGUCAGUCAUAUAUUAAAGGAGUUUGAGAAAGAAAUUA